AACAAGCGUGGCAGACGAACGUUUCAGAUUAGAGAAGACUUCCGUUGCGGCAUUUGCCAUUUGCCAGCUUUGCUUGCUGAAACCGCCGCCUCACACUCGACGGAGAGAGUCCUGAAACCAUUCGCAACGGCCGCCGGAAAUGGGACGCGGCGCCGUCCCGCCGUCCACUCUAAUGUCAGAUUUCCUCCACCAGUGCGGCGGCUAUGCCGUCGUCGAUGGCGGCCUCGCCACCGAGCUGGAACGCCACGGCGCCGACCUCAACGAUCCUCUGUGGAGCGCCAAAUGCCUCAUUACUACUCCCCAUCUCAUCAAAAGGGUGCACCUUGAUUAUCUUGAAGCUGGUGCAAAUAUCAUAAUAUCUGCAUCUUAUCAGGCUACUCUUCAGGGAUUUGAGGGUAAAGGCUUAUCUAGAGAAGAAGCUGAAGCUUUUCUUAGAAGAAGUGUUGAAAUAGCCCGUGAGGCAAGGGAGAUAUAUCACAGCAAAGGAUCCAAAGGUUCCCGGGAUGCCAUAGGGAGUGAAGAGACUUCUAAACAACGUCCAAUCUUAGUUGCAGCAUCUGUGGGAAGUUAUGGAGCUUAUCUUGCUGAUGGUUCUGAAUAUAGUGGUGUCUAUGGUGAUGCUGUUACCUUGGAGACUCUAAAGGAUUUCCACAGGAGAAGGGUUCAGGUUCUAGCCAAAUCAGGUGCUGACCUAAUUGCAUUUGAAACCAUUCCAAAUAAAUUGGAAGCCAAGGCCUAUGCCGAGAUUCUAGAGGAAGAAGACAUAAGCAUUCCAGCCUGGUUCUCUUUCAAUUCCAAGGACGGUGUUAACGUGGUUAGUGGUGAUUCCAUUUCAGAGUGCGCCUCAAUAGCCAGUUCAUGUGAACGCGUUGUUGCUGUUGGAAUCAACUGCACCCCUCCUAGAUUUAUUCAUGGAUUGAUUCAAGCAAUUCAGGAGGUAACCAGCAAACCAGUAAUCAUAUAUCCCAAUAGUGGCGAGACUUACGAUCCUGACAGGAAGGAGUGGGUGCCAUCAACCGGAGUUGCAGAUGAAGAUUUUGUGUCAUAUGUAGGCAAGUGGUGUGAAGAUGGGGCUUCUCUCAUUGGAGGUUGCUGCAGGACAACCCCAUAUACAAUCAGAGCCAUUUCAAAGGCUCUUUGGGCUCUUUCUCGUAGAUCUUCUUCUGCUACUAGCCUGCAGUUGUAGGGGUGAUUUUGAAAGAGAGAUUUUGGGGGAAGAAUCAAUCUCAAGUAAUUCUCUCCCCCCCACUCUGUAUUCCCGCUGUUAAUUGCCCUUUCUUUGUUCUUUCAUCUUCUCUGGUUGGGACUUUUUAUGUAUUUUGCUCUCCAAGAACUUCCAGUGCAAAUCCUUUUUCAGUUCA